UUGUCGCGGAUUUGCUUGCUUCCUGGUGGUGCAUUAACGUCGGUUUACUUUUUGAAAUUCUUGGGGCUUGAACUGAACCCCAAUGCCCGUCGUUUAAGUCCGCCGCUGAUCCCGAGCCUGCACGGCGAUCUCUUUAUUGCGAUGAUAUCAGUAGAUUACGAGUUUGCACAUGGGUGCAUCUACAAUUAUGCGUGGAAUUCAGAUCGAGUAGGUGUUGUUUGAAUCGCAUUAAUUUUUCUCGACUAACUUCCCUAUGUAGUCUGAAUGUUGUGCUCCAGCAGUGCUCUUCAAUAGUUUCUUGACUUGGCUUUGGGCCUUUGGCGAUUGACGGGAGACAAAACCAUUGAAAAUGGUGGUUCUUGCAGCCUCUAUAAUAUCGAAGUCUGGAAAAGCACUUCUAUCAAGACAAUUUGUUGACAUGCCUCGGACAAGGAUUGAGGGACUGCUUGCAGCAUUUCCAAAGUUGGUGGGAACUGGAAAGCAACACACUUAUGUUGAGGCUGAAAAUGUCCGCUAUGUUUAUCAGCCUAUUGAAGCUCUAUAUCUGCUAGUCAUCACAAAUAAGCAGAGUAACAUUCUUGAAGACCUGGAGACACUGAGGCUGCUCUCCAAACUCGUGCCCGAAUACUCCCCUUCUUUGGACGAGGAAGGUGUAUGUAGGGCAGCAUAUGACCUCAUUUUGGCUUUUGAUGAAGCCAUUUCCCUUGGAAACAAAGAAAAUGUAACUGUUGAACAAGUUAAACAAUACUGCGAGAUGGAGAGCCAUGAAGAGAAGCUGCACAAACUCGUCAUGCAAAGCAAAAUAAACGAAACUAAGGAUCUCAUGAGGAGGAAAGUUACUGAAAUUGAGAAAAGCAAGACUGACAGAGGCAAGACAGAAAAUGCAUUUGGCCCCCUGAGGACUCCAAACGUUGUUAGUGACAUGAACACAAGAGUUGGCGGUCCAGGGGAUGAUCAUAUAUUUGGUGACUCAUUCACUCGAAAGCCCAAAGGGCGUCCUUCUGCUCCUACUACUGCUAUCAGUAAAGUGGCUGGUGGUAUGAAAUUGGGCAAGUCACAGAAGACAAAUCAGUUCCUAGAAUCUCUGAAAGCUGAAGGAGAACUCAUUUUGGAGGAUACUCAACCAAGUGCAAUUCAGUCAAGGCCGUCAUCUGUCCCACCAAGUGAUCCUAUCACAGUGACAAUUGAAGAGAAACUCAACGUCACUGUUAAAAGGGAUGGUGGGAUUAAUAAUUUUGAUAUUCAAGGAACCCUUGCUCUCCAAGUUCUGAAUGACACCAAUGGUUUUAUCCAGUUGCAGGUUGAGAACCAAGAUGUACCUGGAUUUAGCUUCAAGACACACCCUAAUAUCAACAAAGAGUUGUUCAAUAGUCAGCAAAUUGUAGGGGCAAAAGAUCCAAGCAGGCCUUUCCCCAGUGGUCAAAAUGAAACCCCUCUUGUGAAGUGGAGAAUACAGGAGCUGGAUGAGGCCUCGCUGCCAUUGGCAGUCAAUUGCUGGCCUUCAGUCUCUGGAAAUGAAACAUACGUGAACAUUGAGUAUGAAGCAUCAGAGAUGUUUGAUUUGCACAAUGUUGUCAUCUCUAUGCCUCUGCCUGCACUCAGUGAGGCUCCAAGUGUUAGACAGAUAGAUGGAGAAUGGAAGUACGACUCAAGAAACUCAGUGUUGGAGUGGUCAAUUAUUCUAAUUGAUCAAUCCAACCGCAGUGGUUCUAUGGAAUUUGCUGUCCCUGCAGCUGAUCCAUCGACAUUUUUCCCUAUCUCUGUUGGAUUUUCUGCGUCAAACACCUUCAGCGAUUUGAAGGUUACCGCCGUUCUUCCGUUGAGGGAAGGUAGCCCUCCAAAAUUUUCACAGAGGAUUCGAUUGGUCACUGCUAAUUACCAAGUAGUUUGAGGGAAGGUAGCCCUUGAAACUUGAAGUUGAUUUGUUUUGGUCGAGUGAUUGAGCAUAUUUACAGUAUAUAGAACAUAAGAAUUUCUGUCGUGACCCAUGGGCUGCUGGAACAUAGAGAAAUAUGUGUUAUACAUAAUGCAUCUUUGUAUCUACUUAUUGUAAAAUGUUGCGCGAUAGUGAUACGUUUACUGGAAUAUAGAAAAUAUCAAUUGGCGUUAUGUUUGUUUUCA